GGCGGGGCCUGUGUUCGGGGGCGGGGCCAGUAGAACAUGACCUUUGCCUCAUCAGUCACUUCUUCUUCAGUUUGAGUUGGUGAAAGGAAACUGAUCUGAGAUGUUGUCCUCAGGCUCUCAUCAGGACGUUGUGACUCUCUCAGUCCAUCGUCUUCCUCCGUCUGAGCCUCCUCCCUCCCUCAGUUCCACAGCGUCCCCUGUGGACAUGGACACCAGCCCGAGAAGGUGGGUGCUGAAGCCCCUGUCCCCCCUCCUGCAACCCUCCGACCUGCGCUCUAUGGCCGGCCCCGCCCCCGGCCAGGGCGCCAUUCAGUCCUCGGGGGUCGUGUCCUCCCUGCAGGGGGACGAGUCCUGGGACGUGGUUGUUGGGUCUCAGCUGGUCCACGUGGAGCUGGAUGGAGAGGACGGUGAAGAGUGGCGUCCGAGCAGCCGAGGCAGCAGCACCGGGUCCCUCUGCGGCUUCUACUCAUUCGUGGAGGACCCGGCGAGUCCUGAGGCCGAGCUGAACGAGGCCUGGAUGGUGUCUCCGAAGCGUCAGGUCCAGCUGUCCACCCUGAAGGAGGACAAAGGAAUCAAACUACAGACCUACACCAGCAGCAGGAAGCCAGAGAGUCUCUUCUCAGAGACAAACGGAGACUCGCGCUACAAACUGGACCCAACCAACCAGCGGACGGUGGUCGCGGAGGAAGAAGAGAAGCAGCUCCGCAAGGAAAUCAUCCGGAGCCAAGCGCCCAAGAAGAACCCUCUGGAGGACCUGGAUCUGAGCCGGUCUCCAGGGUCCAGUCCUGUCAGGACCACUCCAGGUACAGCUGAGCCUGGGUCCAUCGACCAAGACAAGAUCAACUUCACCGCAGUCCGACAACAGUUCCUGAAGAUGGAGAAGGACCGGCUGGCUGCUCUGUUCCGUCCUUUCAGGUCCUCUAGGACACGUCUGGACAUGUCCCAGUCAGAGACAAGCAAAGACACAUCAGGGUUAACCGCCCCAGAACCAGGUGAGUGGUCCCCACAGAGGGACGUGAUGAUGGUCCAGGAGAGUCUGAGUCGGCAAAGCAGCGUCUUUGAUGACCUGGACUCUGGUCUGGAGGAGCUGUCUGUGGACGAAGGAGCAAACAAGACCAGGUCCACGAGUGCCUGUGAGACCCCCAUUGAGAGGGAGAUCCGUUUAACCCAGGAACGUGAGGAAAACCUGCGACGGUCUCGAGGUCUGAAACACAGUGACGGGCGGGCGGAGAUGGUGGAGAUCAAGACCACACGGCUCCUCUCACCAAGACCCAGAGACAAAAACCGGGUCAGCUUCGCUGUCCACAGAGAGGUUCAGGAGGACCCUCAGGGACAGACAGGGAUCUUGGAACCAUCCAGCCCACAUCCCUCAGAGGAGGUGUUCGACAUGAGGAGGGAGUCUGUCGGGAACAACAGGACCGAAGAAAGACCUCAGUUCGAGUCUGGAAUGGACGAUGUCUUCCUGUCUCCUUGUUGUCCUCACAGGCACCCUGAAGAACCCAAGUUCGCCCAAACAACAGAAACCGAUUCCUUCGCUGCGACUCCAACUGGUCUAAGUGACGCGACCUCGUCCAGCCACCCGUCCUGGACGGAGUCCACCGGCCUUCAGACCAGAGGACGAGGAGCUUCAGACUUCAUCGAGAAGGAGAUCCAGGAUUUUCUGAGACGGGAGCAGGAGCUGAAGGAGCUGAGGGAGUCCAGGAAAACGGUCCAGGAAACAAAGCAGCCUCUCUUCUCUCCAGCUCCCCUGGUGGACCAGGCCACCAAGAAGGCAGUCAGCCAGUUCUACCCCCCAGUAAAGACCGACAAACGCAUCCGUUAUUCCUUCAUCACAGCUCAGCCCUGGACCCCCCCACCCUCCUCCCCUAACCCUCCCCCAUCCUCCUCCCCUCAUCCUCCCCCAUCCUCCUCCCCUCAUCCUCCACGAUCCUCCUCCCUAUCCUCACCUGAUCCUGUCCCAUCCUACACCCCCCAUCUUUCUCUAUCCUCCUCCCUAUCCUCACCCGAUCCUGUCCCAUCCUACACCCCCCAUCUUCCUCCAUCCUCCUCCCUAUCCUCACUAGAUCCUGUCCCAUCCUACACCCCCCAUCCUCCCCAACCCUCCUCCCCCUCCCCCCUGGCUUUUCGAGGUCUGACGGCGACUCUGCUUCAGGACUUUGAGGAUCAUCGUCUCAAAAUGAAGCUGGAGGAGGCAGCGUACGCAGGAAUCCAACCAAUCGAUGACAUCAACAACGAGGUCGUGGAGUCAACUCGAGUCAUUCGACAUAAAAACCAGCGAGCUCUGCGCUGGGAGGCUGGAGUCUUCACAAACCUGGAGAACCAAUGAGACCACCAGGACCAGGACCAAGAUCUAGAACCAGAGCCAGGUCCAGAUAUAGCAACAGGUCCAGACCUGCAGGGGGAGCCAGACUCUACAGCAGAAGCAGGUGGUUUUGAUCUGGGUGCUGAGUGGAGCCUCAAACAAAGACAAUGAUUCAUGCAGAAAUCAAACUUUGAUCCACAGACUUUUUAUUUGUCACAGGACAACAGGAAGUCUCUAAAGAAAUUAAAAUGAUUUGAGCUCAGAACGUCUGUUCACAUCAUGUUUAAUCAAACUGGUUUAAGCUUCUCAAACACAUCUGGAUUCUCAAUGGAGACAGCAUCAGAACAGAUUCCUCCAGGACCAGGUCCAGGAGGGUCUCACAUCAUUACCAGACUCUGGUCCUGUGACUUUCAGGUGAUAAAAAGCUCAACUCUCCACAAGACAUUUAGAGCUGAACUUAGAGGAUUUCAACAUCUUCUAGAAACACAACGAGUCCAGAUGAGUUUGAAAAGUGAAGGAUUCUCCACAGACAAACAAUAUGUUCCUGACUUUAAAUUCAGAUCAUUAAAGGUAUAAAAACAUCAA